AUGUUUCGAUUAUUUCGAAUAAUUCUAUAUUUCAGAUUGAUUGGGAAUUGUUUAGCUUUAGAUCCUGAAAUAAUCGAGUUAGAAGAUCACCUUUUCUACGGAAUGAUAAGUUUGUAUAAAAACAAAGUAAACAUUAGAUUGUUGAUAUUGUUUUCUGGUUUUUGCAGUGGAGCCACUUAAGGUCUUUUGUCAAUAGAUCAAAUAACUGUAGAGGUGAAGCUGAGGUAUGGGAAUGAAUAAGAAAAGAAAAUGGGUAUCACAUAGAUAAUAGUAGGCAUCUCGUAUUUUAUCUGUAAUUUAAGAGCAUCAUUUGCUAUUAUCAACUUUGUUGGUUGCAAACUCAUUGGCAAAUGAAUCACUACCAAUUUUUAUAAAAAGGAGUACAGGUGAUUGGAUAGCGUUGUUGAUAUCUGUAA